GGAAUAGCCACACAAUCAUAUCCCAACCCACACAACACCAUCUUAUGUUUCUCACCCCCACAGCCACUCACUUGACUUCUACCCGCAUCCUCUCCCUCUCUGCCUCCCUCCAUCGCUCAACACUUCCACCAAUUGAAAGAGAAAAACGGAAUCCCGAUAUUUUGCAGGAGAUUGGAGAUAAUUGAGUUUAAUAUAGAGAUAAAAAGGUGGAAUCUUGGAAUGGUGCAGGGAAUUUAAGUAUUAAGGCAUGGCUUCAUUAGCUUCCCUUGCGAAUUUGGGGAGCUUGAACAUGAUUUCUUUUGGUAAUUUUGACGGCUCUGUUUGUUUAGUUAGGAGCAUUUCUAUUCAUAGGAAUGGGAAUAGUUUUAGUGGAAGGAGGUGGAGGUAUGUUGGUGUUUGUAGAUAUUCUGUAACGACGGAUUACAUUGCGGAACAAGGGACUUCGGUGUCUCUUGAUUCGACCUACGGAGGUAGCAAAGAGAGUGACACCAACGCAUUUCUCAAGGCAGCUCCAAAGCCUGUGUUGAAAUCGGGGUCUAAGCCGAAUCCCCUUCUUAACAUGAGCUCGGAUGAGUCGAAAGUUAACACGAGGUCGGAUGCUGGGAGGGUGAGUGAUGCAGAGGAAGAGAGGAGUAAGGUGAUUGAGUCGUUAGGAGAGGUGCUUGAGAAGGCGGAGAAGUUAGAGACUAGCAAGAAACCCGAUGCGCCUGCUAGCAAACCCUUGACUAGUGAAGUAGUGAACCAAAGGAAUGGUAAGCCAUUUAGUUCCGCAGAGAGCACAAAUCGCAAGUCUAAUAAUAAGACCAAUAAGAGUGUCUGGCGCAAAGGUAAUCCCGUGUCGUCUGUGCAAAAAAUUGUUAAGGAGACGGUAAAACAAGAACCUAGAACAGAUGGAGGAGGGGUUUCCGUGUCUAGUUCUCAGCCUGCUGCUCCUGUUAGACCCCCGUCUCCACCUCAAAAAAUACAACCAAAAUUACAGGAGAGGCCCUCAGUAGCUCCUCCUUCGCCUCCUAUAAAGAAACCUAUCACACUGAAGGAUGUCGGGGCAGGUCCGAAGCCACUUGUUUCGAAUGGAACUGGUUCACCUCCAAAGUCUAAAGAACGGAAACCAAUUCUAAUUGAUAAGUUUGCAUCUAAGAAACCGGUGGUUGAUCCUGUGAUUGCUCAAGCUGUUUUAGCACCUACAAAACCAGUGAAGACAUUUGGUCCUGUAAAGUUCAAAGAAGGAUUUAGAAAGAAGGGUGGUCCAUCCGGAGCACCUCGUAGGCGUUUAGAUGAGGAUGGUAUUCAAGAUGAGGAUGCAUCUGAACUAGAUGUUUCUAUUCGUGGUGCUGCAACUGCUAGAAAAGGAAGAAAAUGGUCCAAAGCAAGCCGAAAGGCUGCCAGGCUUCAGGCAGCGAAAGAUGCAGCACCUGUCAGAGUAGAAAUCAUGGAAGUUGAGGAAGAUGGUAUGUCAACCGAGGAGUUGGCCUACAACUUAGCCACUAGUGAAGGUGAGAUUCUCGGGUAUCUGUACUCUAAGGGAAUCAAGCCUGAUGGUGUCCUAAAGCUGAGUAAAGAUGUGGUUAAGAUGGUCUGUGAAGAGUAUGAGGUGGAAGUCAUUGAUGCUGAUCCUAUCAGGGUGGAGGAAUUGGCAAAAAAGAAGGAAAUUCUUGAUGAUGAUGACUUGGAUAAGUUAGAAUUGAGGCCUCCUGUGCUAACCAUAAUGGGCCAUGUUGAUCAUGGAAAGACGUCACUCUUGGACUACAUACGGAAGAGCAAGGUGGCAGCAUCUGAAGCUGGUGGGAUCACUCAAGGGAUAGGGGCUUACCGAGUUCAAGUACCUUUCGAUGGAAAGCCACAAACAUGCGUUUUUCUUGAUACUCCCGGGCAUGAAGCAUUUGGGGCAAUGAGAGCACGUGGAGCAAGAGUGACAGAUAUCGCUAUUAUUGUAGUUGCAGCUGAUGAUGGGAUCCAACCUCAAACAACUGAGGCUAUUGCACAUGCCAAAGCAGCAGGAGUCCCAAUCAUUGUAGCUAUAAAUAAGAUAGAUAAGGAUGGAGCUAAUCCAGAUCGUGUCAUGCAAGAUCUUUCAUCUAUUGGAUUGAUGCCAGAAGAGUGGGGUGGUGACAUCCCAAUGGUUAAGGUAAGUGCUCUCAAAGGGGAGAAUGUUGACGAAUUGCUGGAAACAGUCAUGCUUGUUUCUGAGUUGCAAGAGCUGAAGGCAAACCCAAAUAGAAAUGCUAAAGGAACAGUUAUUGAAGCUGGUCUGGAUAAAUCCAGAGGACCUGUAGCUACAUUCAUUGUGCAAAAUGGAACACUCAAAAGAGGAGACAUAGUAGUUUGUGGUGAAGCUUUUGGAAAGGUGAGGGCUUUAUUUGAUGAUCAAGGGAAAAGGGUUGAUGAAGCAGGGCCUUCGAUUCCAGUACAGGUUAUUGGAUUAAAUAAUGUUCCUUUAGCUGGUGAUGAGUUUGAGGUUGUUGGUUCACUUGAUAUCGCUCGAGAACAGGCAGAGUCACGGGCAGAUUAUAUGAGGAAUGAGCGUAUUAUGGAAAAAGCUGGAGACGGAAUGAUUACACUAUCCUCGUUGGCUUCUGCUGUUUCAGCGGGGAAAACUGUUGGAUUAGAUCUUCAUCAGCUUAAUAUAAUACUGAAAGUUGAUCUUCAGGGGUCGAUUGAGGCUGUCAGGCAAGCUCUGCAGGUGCUUCCACAAACUAACAUCAGUCUGAAGUUUCUACUGCAAGCAACGGGGGAUGUCAGCUCCAGUGAUGUUGACCUUGCAGUGGCAAGUAAAGCAAUUAUUUUCGGCUUUAAUGUUAAGGUACCUGGUUCAGUCAAGAGCCAAGCAGAUAGCAAAGGUGUUGAGAUUCGGCUGUACAGAGUUAUCUACGAUCUUAUUGAUGAUGUUCGGAAUGCAAUGGAGGGACUCCUAGAUACAGUUGAGGAAGAGGUGCCUAUAGGAAUGGCGGAAGUGAGGGCUGUAUUCAGCAGUGGCAGUGGGCGUGUUGCAGGAUGCAUGGUGACAGACGGCAAGCUAGUUAAAGGCUGUGGAAUUCGCGUGGUUAGAAAAGGCAAAGAAGUUCAUGUUGGCGUACUUGAUUCCUUAAGACGGGUCAAGGAGAUGGUGAAAGAGGUGAAUUCUGGACUAGAGUGUGGAAUUGGAGCAGAGGAUUACGAUGAUUGGGAGGAAGGAGACAGUGUGGAGGCCUUCAACAAAGUGGAGAAGAAGAGGACGCUAGAAGAGGCAUCGGCCUUAAUGUCAGCUACGCUGGAGGAAGUACGGAGAUAAACUGUAUAUAAGACAUUGCUGGAGGUGGUGUCGUUGGCAAUGAAUUCGACUGGUUGGAUCCUGUUGCGUAUAUCCAUCCCAGUAGCUACGCCGCCUGCCAAAAAAGGAACGUGCAGAUUAGCCCCUGUUUGUAUGCUAUUUCUUUGUAAAUAGACAAAUAGUUGAUGUAUAUCAGAAACUGAGCUCCAUUUUGUUAGGAGUGACAGGUUGAGCAUUCGUUCAAGUUUUUCAAAUUGAAAGAGUUCAGACACAUGUAACAAGAUACAGUGUUCUAACACAAAUGUCCCUUGCAGUU